CCUUCCCCUCCAGCUGGCGGGGGAGCUGCCGCGGCUUACGGAGGCGGCGGCGGCGGCAGCGGGUCGUGCCUAGCUGGGGGCAGGCAAGGAGGCUCCAUGCAGGCGGGCAGCCCUCAGAUUAUUGCAAGCCGAAUGCCCUUUGUGGAUAAAAGAUGUAUCAUGGAAUGAACCUGAACAGCGGGGAUCCGUUCCUAGAGAAGCAGCAGCAGCAGUCCCCGGCCCCCCGGAGACUCUUCGUGGUGGUCUUGUGGCUUCAGCUGGCACUGUGUUUCGGCCCUGUACAGAUCACAGGCGGAUUUGAUGACCCCCAUGCUUGUGCUGAUCCUGGAGUCCUUGAACAUGGAUACAAGACGCCCAGUGCAGGUGUUUUCUUUGAAAGUGCUGUAGUCCGGCUUCACUGUCAAGAAGGAUACAGGCUUAAGGGUCCUUCGAAAAAGAUUUGUGUGAGACAUUUUAAUGGCUCCUUGAGCUGGAAACCAAGCGAUAAACCUGUGUGCCUACAAGAAGUCACAGAUUGCCUUGCUCCACAUGUUGAAGAUGCAGAGGUUCAUAACAAGACAUACAGGACUGGAGAUAAGUUAAUAAUCAGUUGUCAUGAAGGAUUCCAGAUCCGUUACCCUGACUUAGACAACAUGGUUUCAAUAUGUCAAGAUGAUGGAAUGUGGGAUAAUCUGCCCAUUUGUCAAGGUUGCCUGAGGCCAUUGCUUCUUCCUCAUAGUUACAUUAACAUAUCUGAGUUCGAGUCCUCCUUCCCAGUAGGAACAGUGGUAUAUUAUCAGUGCUUUCCUGGAUAUAAACUAAAGGGGACAGAGUUCCUCGAGUGCAUGUAUAACCUUAUCUGGUCACAUAGCUCACCUAGGUGCCUUGAUGUGGAAGUUUGUCCACUACCUCCAAUGGUGAUUCAUGGAGAUUAUAUUUGCCAUCCGCGGCCUUGUGAGCGUUAUAACCAUGGAACUGUGGUUGAAUUCUAUUGUGAUCCUGGUUACACUCUUACCAAUGACUACAAAUACAUCACCUGCCAAAAAGGAGAAUGGUUUCCCUCAGCUCAAGUAUACUGUGUCAAAACAGAGCAAACGUGGCCAAAUACACAGGAAACCCUCCUGACUACAUGGAAAAUAGUGGCAUUUACUGCUACCAGUGUUCUACUGGUACUUCUAUUGGUUAUUCUAGCCAGGAUGUUCCAGACCAAAUUUAAGACGCAUUUCCUUCCAAGAGGUGCCCAGGAGAGUUCCACCAGCGACCCCAACUUCGUGGUAGUGGAUGGUGUUCCUGUCAUGCUGCCUUCCUAUGAUGAAGCUGUGAGCAGUGGUUUGAAUGCCUUGGCACUGGGAUACUCAUCUCCUGCAGGCCAGGGGCAUGUUUUGCAGACAGAAGAUCAGAACCCUCCAGCUUAUCCCGGCCCAGGAGAUACAGACACAUUACCUGCUGAAUUUGAGAGCUGUGAUAGCAUAUCAGGCUCCUCCGAACUUCUCCAAAGUUUAUAUUCAUCUUCUGUGUGCCAAAUGGGCGUGCAUCCUAUUUCAGAUAGAACUGAGGUGAUCAAUAGCACCACUGGGGAGGCUGCAUCCACAAGCCCAAGUAUCGAUAUUGCAGAUGAAAUUCCAUUGAUGGAAGAAGACCCUUAACCAGCACAAAAAUUGUUCAUUUAUGAUCGCACUAGGCAAAAUGAAUCAUACACACAUAUAUACAUACAGAUAAAGAGAUAAAAAUACUAUUUAAAGAUUUUUCCUAUUUUUUGAUCUUCCGUGUGAUGUCACCAGAUUGUGUGCACAUCUUAAUCAACUGUGUGGUUAGCAGCAUGAGCAAUUGAACAGCAGGUUUGUGAAAUGAAUCCUGGGGAUUUGAUGAGACCAUUUGUAAAAAAAAAGAA